AUGUUGGCUCUGCGUGCUGGUGUUCGUGCUCUUGCUCCCCGUGCCGCUGUGCCGCUGUCGGCGCGUGCUAUGCUGUCGACGUCGCUGCCGCGUCUGUCUCCGGUUGCGGAGGGCACGUACAGCUGCAUCGAGGUGAGCACGCCCAAAAACGGUGUGCGUCUGGUGACACUGAACCGCCCCAAGGCGCUGAACGCGCUAAACUCGCAGCUGUUCCAUGAGCUGAACGAUGCUACUGAGAAGGCUGACGAUGAUGCGAACAUCAGCGCGAUCGUCAUCACCGGCAGCGAGAAGGCCUUUGCGGCCGGCGCGGACAUUAAGGAGAUGCGUGACAUGAGCUACGCGCAGGCCUACAAGACCAACUUCUUGGGCCACUGGUCGAAGCUUACGCAGAUCCGCAAGCCGAUCAUUGCCGCUGUGAACGGCUACGCGCUCGGCGGUGGCUGCGAGCUCGCGAUGAUGACCGACAUUGUUCUUGCGUCGCCCACUGCGGUGUUCGGUCAGCCGGAGAUCAACCUGGGUGUGAUCCCCGGUGCCGGCGGCACGCAGCGCCUGACGCGUGCGAUCGGCAAGAGCCGCACGAUGGAGAUCGUGCUGACGGGCCGCAACUUGACCGCCGACGAGGCGGAGGCGGCUGGUCUUGUCGCGCGCGUGGUCCGUGAGGGCAGCGUCGUCGAGGAGGCUAUCAACGUGGCGAGCAAGAUCGCGAAGAAGAGCCAGGUGGCCGUGCAGGCCGCUAAGGAGGGCGUGAACGCUUCGUACGAGCUGACGCUCACCGAGGGCAUCCACCUCGAGCGCCGCCUGUUCCAGGCACUCUUUGCGACGCACGACCAGAAGGAGGGUAUGACUGCGUUCACGGAGAAGCGCAAGCCCGUGUUCAAGAACGAGUAA